AUUGCGAAUCCUUUUCCCUCACACCGUUCUCCUUUUUUUCGAUGUCGCGACCUUCAUGACUCUGACUCCUUCAAAGCGAGUCACUGUCCGGGUCUGGACCCUGGCUGGCAGUUACGUAUCUCUUUCUUUAUGCAGACGCAAUUAUCGUACUGGUACCCCGGUCUCCAAUGAAGCGCACACGGUAAAGCGACGCGAGUUCCACGAUUACUUCGUCACACACUUGCCCUCCUCCUCCCUCCAUCCCGACCCUCGAGGCCCGCUCACACCUUUUCAUAAACUCCCUCGAUCAGCGUCAGUUCCUCAUACAGGGGAGACAACACAUUCCCCGGCCUCAUUCCAAGCCCUGCUGGGCCGAGAAACGACUGUGGUUCGGAUCCCAUUGCGCAGCGCGAAGCACCAUUUCGGGGCCGCAACAUCCCGGGGAACCCGCCCUUCCAAUGAAGAUACCUACCAGGCCGGCGUGAUUGAUAUCCCUGCCUUUGCGAAACGACCUCCUGCAUCGCUGACGAUCAGGCGUUCUGGUACGAGAGAAGAUUCUGCACCCCGAGAAAGUAGAGGCGCAGACACCGCAAACGGGGAUCCGCAAGUAUUUUACUUUGGGAUUUUCGAUGGCCAUGGUGGGUCAGAAUGUAGUGCAUUUUUGCAGGAUACCUUGCAUGAAUAUAUUCAAGAUACCGCCGCGGAGUUUGAACUCCAGUCUAGCUUGAGAAAGGAUCGUGAAGAUUCUGCGGGUAAAGAUGGGCUCGAGCCGCCGCGUGGCGAUUUACCGAUUCGGCAAGGAGGUAACUCUUCGCGAAUUCGAAAAUUAGAGAAGACUCUGGUACAAAGCUGGCGAAGUCUUGUUGGAGGGUAUUUCAGGAGAUUUGUGCCGGCCCAUUUCUCUCAUCUUGGAAAACAAAAUACCGAGAGGGAGUCCAAGUCGGGAAAGCACGACGAUCACGGGGCCACUAUCGAAGAGGUUUUGGAAUAUGCGUUUCUACGCACAGACUUGGAGUUCGUCUCAGCCCAAGCGGCAAGGCAGGAUAAUGAAUUCGCCGAUGUUGGCCAUCCGGUUUACCAGGACGAUAUUCUCUAUGGACCUGAUUGCUCCCAACCGCUGAGCAUCACUGGCGCAAGGCGAUUCAAGGGCGGAAGCACAGCCAGUGCUGUGCUGAUUUCGACCCCGACCCCGACACCAUUUUGGCACCCGUCGACACCAUCCAGUCUGCUUGUGUCUCAUGUUGGUGACACCAGAAUCCUGCUGUGUUCGACCUUGACUGGUCAAGCCAUUCCCCUCACCUCCAACCAUCACACGUCGUCGCCGGUGGAAGUCAACCGAUUACGGCGGUACGCGGCGACCUUCGUGACUGAUUCCUUUGGGGAGGAGCGCAUCAGCGGGUUAGCCAACACUCGUGCCUUUGGCGACGUGCAAUCCAAACGCAUUGGAGUGUCAGCGGAACCCGAGAUUCGCCGGAUUGAGAUGGCUGCUGCCGAGUACUCUUUCCUGGUCCUUAUGACGGAUGGUAUUAGCGACUCACUUCCUGACCAGGAAGUUGUGGACAUUAUCAAAGAAGCCAAGACACCCGAUGAAGGUGCUCGGCAUGUGGUCAAUUUCGCGACCGAGGUAACUAAAGAAGGCGACAAUGCUACAUGUUUGGUUGUCCGACUUGGAGGUUGGGAGCGACGACUAGAGGGAGGAUUGGGAAGUAUGGGAACCAAGGAGUCUCGAGAGUGGCGCCGACAGGAGGCCACAGAUCCGCGCAGGUCACGGAGGUGAACUGAACAGUGAACUUUGUACAUAAUAAAUCCCUAGUCUUGGGUGGACUUGAGACCUUGGGCUUAUUAGCUGUUGCUAUUUUCCCUACCCCGGCUGAAUUGUACAUACAAAUAUAUGCUUUUUUAUUUCUUUUUAUAGGGAGUUAAUGGUGUAACUAUCCAGGAAACAGCUACUUUUAUGGAAAGCUUUUU